GAUGACGCGGAGUCGGAGCCUCGUGGUUGGGUUGUUGAUGUUAUAGAUAUGUAGCCUUUAGAUUGAAAGAAGAAUUGAUUGUGGAAUAGAUGAACUUCAAGUGAUAAAAUCUAUUAGGUUGAAGGUUCACGAUGUCCAUAACUUGGAGAAUGGAUCGCGCAUAAUUGUUGAAUGUGAUGAGUUUGCUCAACCUAUUGGAAAAUCAGCCGGCAUUCUUGCAGGAUUUUUGGGGGAGCUUGCUACAAAUCCUCGCUACUUUCCAAUUGGCUUUGAGAGUUGGGCAUUAAUGCCUAAACCUUUUGUGCACCGUGCUGUUAAUGAUUUCGUAUUGCCUCGGUUUUUCUUUAGGAGUGAUCAGCAAAAGGUAAAAGGUUGGAUUAACAAUUCGCUUAACAAAAAGUGGAAGGAAUUCAGGCUUAAACUAUGGCAUGAGGCCGAGGAUCCAUUAUUGAGCAAAGAAGAUAUCAUUAAAAAUGCUCCAGAAGGCAUUCCCAUGGACCAAGGGGCAUUGUAUGUUAACUAUCUGUUCAAAGAGAAAACAAAGGCGCUUUGCUUGAGAAAUCAACGGAUUCGAGGACAACAAACACUUCCUCAUACUAGUGGUGCUAUGAGUCUGGCUAGAAGAAGGGAUUUGAUGAAGAAAAUGGGGAAAGAAGUUGAUCGAGGCAAAGUGUGGACUGAGACUCAUAAGAGGAAAGAUGGGAGUUAUGUGAAUGAUCAAGCUAGGGAUAUUGGGGAAAGAAUUGAAGAAAUUCGAAGACAAAGGCCAGAAAAUCUGGCAGAAAUUUCACCGAAUGAUGCGCUUGGUGUAGUCUUCGGUCCCGAGCACCCUGGCCGUGUUCGAGGCUUAGGCAUGGGUGCAGUUCCAACUGUAGUAUUCAAGCAAACAUCACGCCGAGGUGGUUGUUCUUAUAUGGGCUCAUCUAGCGCUAGUGCUCCACCUCCACAAUGGGUGCAAGUGAUGGCAAACAUGAGAUCACAAUUGAAUGCGCUAACUAGCUUAUUUCAAAUGACAAUUGGAAAUAUCCCCGAGGAGUUUGCUCACUUAUUUCCGACUCCUGCACAGAGGGAGUAUGAGAAAAGCCGCUGGAAGUUAUUAUCAGGGGAAAUGAUAUUCUCAGGAGAUGGCGUUCCGUCACCAACUAGGCCAAGAAGAUCCUUUGACAAAAGCGGAGAAAAUGACAGUUAGUAAUCAUUGUUAGGAUGAACUAUGUUUUUCUUGUGUUGUAAUUGUUAGGAUGAACUAUGUUUUUCUUGUGUUGUAAUUGGUGAAUAACUCUCACCAACUUAAACUUGAAUCUUGGAUGAUAUGGGAUUUUGGGGUACCUAUGUUUUAAUAUGA